AUAAUUGUAAAAGAAUAAUGAUAAUAUUAUCAUGAUAUUAUUUUACAUAGUAGUAUCUGAUGUAGAGAAGGUUGUUAUUUACCACUAUUGCUCACUCCAAUCCAGGUUGGUUGUCACCGCAGAUGCCGAUGGACACCACCGAGUCUCGUCAUCUCUCUCAGUUCACUAGGAUGAGCCUCUCCAGAAAUCUAAUAUUGGCGUACCAAAGCUUAGGUGUGGUUUAUGGUGACUUGAGCACAUCGCCUCUCUAUGUCUAUAAGAGUACGUUUGUUGGAAAGCUUAAUGAGCAUCAAAAUCCAGAUGCUAUAUUUGGUGCAUUCUCAUUGAUCUUUUGGACCCUUACAUUAAUUCCUUUGCUCAAGUAUGUCCUCAUUGUUUUGAGUGCUGAUGAUAACGGUGAAGGUGGGACUUUCGCUCUCUACUCUUUGCUUUGUAGACAUGCAAAAUUUAGUUUACUUCCGAACCAACAAGCAGCUGAUGAGGAGUUGACUGCGUACAAGUAUGGCCCUCCAGGCCAGAAUCCUUCCUCUUCUCCACUUAAGAGAUUUCUUGAAAAACAUAGGAAGUCACGUAUAGCGCUGCUUAUAGUGGUAUUGUUGGGGGCCUGCAUGGUUAUUGGUGAUGGCGUCCUCACUCCUGUAAUAUCUGUUCUAUCAUCAGUAUCAGGACUUGAAGCUGCCAACAGCAAUUUAACUCGAGGCCAAGUUCUUGUUAUAGCUUGUGUUGUACUGGUUGGCUUAUUUGCACUGCAGCACGUUGGUACCCAUAGGUUAGCCUUUGCGUUUGCACCGAUUGUUCUUAUAUGGUUAGUAUCAAUAUUUUCCAUUGGGUUAUACAACAUCAUACAUUGGAAUCCAAAGAUUGUUUCUGCAAUUUCUCCGCAUUAUAUCAUUACUUUCUUCAAAGAGACUGGUACAGAGGGGUGGAUAUCACUUGGAGGGAUUCUUCUUUCCAUAACAGGUACUGAAGCCAUGUUUGCUGAUCUUGGUCAUUUCACAGCCAUGUCAAUAAGGCUUGCUUUUAUAACUGUUGUAUACCCUUGCCUGAUUGUACAAUACAUGGGACAGGCGGCUUAUCUGUCUAAGAACGUAUCUUCUAUUUCAAACAGUUUUUAUGACUCCAUACCGGAUCCUAUAUUUUGGCCUGUCUUUAUCAUCGCAACUUUAGCAGCCAUUGUUGCCAGUCAGGCAAUCAUCACUGCUACCUUCUCUAUUGUUAAGCAAUGCCAUGCUCUUGGUUGCUUCCCUAGGAUCAAAGUUGUUCACACGUCAAAACAUAUAUUUGGGCAGAUUUAUAUUCCAGAAAUAAACUGGAUUCUCAUGAUUCUUACUCUAGCCGUAGCUGUCGGGUUCCAAGACACAACACUAAUAGGAAAUGCAUAUGGCCUUGCUUGCAUGACAGUUAUGUUUAUCACAACUUUUCUCAUGGCACUCGUCAUAAUUUUCGUUUGGCAAAGAAGCAUCGUUUUGGCUUCAGCCUUCCUUAUAUUCUUUUGGUUCAUUGAGGGUAUUUACUUGUCAGCUGCAUUCAUCAAAAUCCCUCAGGGAGGAUGGAUCUCUUUAUUGCUUUCAUGCAUCUUUCUAAUUGUUAUGUUUGUCUGGCACUACGGAACUCGCAGAAAGUACAACUUUGAUCUGCACAACAAAGUCUCUUUAAAAUGGCUUCUCGGUCUAGGUCCCAGCCUUGGUAUUGUCCGCGUUCCGGGAAUAGGACUUGUAUACUCAGAAUUGGCAACAGGAGUUCCUGCUAUCUUCUCACACUUUGUGACAAAUCUCCCUGCUUUUCACAAUGUUUUGGUUUUUGUUUGCGUAAAAUCUGUUCCAGUACCGUUUGUGUCACCCGAGGAACGAUUUCUCAUUGGCCGCAUCUGUCCAAGACCAUACCGUAUGUAUCGGUGCAUUGUCAGAUAUGGUUACAAGGAUAUUCAGCGCGACGAUGGAAACUUUGAGGAUCUGAUUAUACAGAGUAUAGCAGAGUUUAUUCAGAUGGAAGCAGUUGAACCACAACUCUCGAGUUCUGAGAACACAUCACUUGAUGGGAGGAUGGCAGUUAUAAGCACGAGGACAGCUCAGUCAGGCUCAAGCUUGAUAGUAUCUGCCCAAGAGAGUUCUGGUUCUAGUAAUUCCAUUAAGAGUAGCAAAUCUUUAACCUUGCAGAGUCUACGAUCUGCUUAUGUUGAUGAGAACCCACGGUCAAAGACGCAUCAAGUCAGGUUUCAGCUGCCAUCAACACCUGGACUAAACCCGUCAGUUGGGGAAGAGCUUCUGGAUCUGAUACAGGCGAAGGAAGCUGGGGUUGCAUAUAUAAUGGGUCAUUCUUAUGUGAAGGCCAGGAGAUCAUCUUCUUUCUUAAAAAAGGUUGUUAUUGAUAUUGGAUAUUCAUUUCUUCGCAAGAAUUGCAGAGGGCCAUCAGUCGCACUUAAUAUUCCUCACAUCAGCCUUAUCGAAGUUGGCAUGAUAUACUAUGUCUAAACUGUUUGGCAACUGGAUGACAAUUUCUUUUACUCCUUGCUCCAAGUCCAUUAAAGUUUAAUUGGCUUGACGUUGAAAGGAAGUCGAUGUUCUACAGGUAUACAUUUGGGUCACAAAAUUCUGGAAGAUGAACUCAACUCUGGUGCAUGGUAGUAUUACUGUGAUAUGUAUAUAUUUUAAAUUAUGCCCUGUAUAUUAGUGAUGUGGAGAAUGAUUUAAAAGAUUUUAAUUAUCUUGA